ACUGCAGCUGCCGCCGCGACCUGCGAUUCGCCAGCGCACAUUCUACACACGGCCCAAAGGUUCACGCUCUUUCAAAGACCGCCUUUUUACGCCUUUGUUUUCUGAGACGCUUGAAGAGAUUGGUGAAUCAGACUUACAUGGUAAGGAAACCAGUUUUUAUGGGAACGUCAAAGAGGAAAGAGAUUAAGUAGGUCAUCCAUACUGUGACGAAAGUGCGGCUGAGGUUAGAUAGCUGUAUUUCCCCCAUAGCCCUCUUCCUCCCACCGCCGUCACCGAAGCGGAUGAAAACAAACAGUAACGAUGGCGGCGCCGGGAAGCGACCGGCUGCUGGGGUGAAGGCAGGAGUGAUCACUUGAGCUGUGAGGGAAGCCCUGAAGAGCGCCUGUAGACGUGAGUGCGACAACUCGCGCAGUCUUGGGAACGAAACUCCCGGGGCCUGCGAGCCACGAGGCUCCUGAGGCGUGAGGUAUUAUCUGCGACCCGUGCUGUCAGUGCAGCUCCGGAGCGCGGAGCUCUCAGCCAGGAGGCGCAGCUGGCCGGCCCCAGGCCCCGGCCUCCGUAAUGAGAGCCCCGAGCCACUCUCUGUGUCGCAACUUCACAGAUUCCUAUAGGCAAUGGAAACUGAUCUCAAUUCCCAGGACAGAAAGGACCUGGACAAGUUCAUUAAGUUUUUUGCCCUCAAGACUGUCCAAGUGAUUGUCCAGGCUCGACUGGGCGAGAAGAUUUGUACUCGUUCAUCUUCUUCCCCAACGGGUUCAGACUGGUUCAAUUUAGCAAUCAAAGACAUCCCAGAGGUUACGCAUGAAGCAAAGAAGGCGCUGGCAGGGCAGCUGCCUGCUGUCGGGAGGUCUAUGUGUGUGGAGAUCUCACUCAAGACUUCUGAGGGAGAUUCCAUGGAGCUAGAAAUCUGGUGUCUGGAAAUGAAUGAAAAGUGUGAUAAAGAAAUCAAAGUUUCCUAUGCCGUGUACAACAGACUGUCAUUGCUACUGAAGUCUCUCCUUGCUAUAACUAGGGUGACACCAGCUUACAGACUGUCCAGGAAACAAGGGCAUGAAUAUGUCAUAUUGUAUAGAAUAUAUUUUGGGGAAGUUCAGCUGAAUGGCUUAGGAGAAGGUUUCCAGACAGUUCGUGUUGGGACAGUGGGUACCCCUGUGGGCACCAUCACUCUUUCUUGUGCUUACAGAAUUAACUUGGCAUUCAUGUCCACCAGGCACUUUGAGAGGACCCCACCUAUCAUGGGGAUUAUUAUUGAUCACUUUGUGGACCGUCCCUAUCCCAGUUCCUCGCCCAUGCAUCCCUGCAAUUACAGAACCGCUGGUGAGGACACUGGAGUAACAUAUCCUUCUGUGGAAGAUUCUCAAGAAGUGUGUACCACCUCUUUUUCCACCUCCCCUCCAUCCCAGUGUGUGUUUACUGUCACAAAGGCACAUUUUCAGACCCCUACUCCUGUGGUGACGGACACUCUGAGGGUCCCCAUGGCAGGACUGGCCUUUUCCCAUCAACUCUCAAGCUCUCGCCUUUCCUGUCAGCCUGCUGCCCUGGGCGUUGGAUCAGCUGACCUGGCUUGUCCAGCAGUGUUUGCUGCCGGCUUAAACACCACACACCCUUACCAGCUAAUGGUUCCCGGGAAGGAAGGUGGGGUACCCCUUGCUCCCAACCAGCCUGCCCACGGUGCCCAGGCUGGUGACCAGGAGAGACUGACAACCUACACCCCUUCUGAUGGGGCCCACUGUGCUGCCACACCUUCCAGCAGUGAGGAUACUGAAACUGUGUCAAACAGCAGUGAGGGACGGGCCUCCCCCCAUGAUGUCUUGGAGACCAUCUUUGUCCGGAAAGUGGGGGCUUUUGUCAACAAACCCAUCAACCAGGUGACCCUGACCAGUUUGGACAUACCCUUUGCCAUGUUUGCUGCCAAGAAUUUGGAACUGGAGGAUGUGGAUCCCAUGGUGAAUCCUCCAGAUUCCCCAGAGACUACAUCUCCUCUUCAGGGCAGCCUGCACUCUGAUGGCUCCAGUGGGGGCAGCAGUGGCAAUACCCAGGACGACUUUGUCAUGAUCGACUUCAAACCAGCUUUUUCUAAAGACGACAUUCUUCCGAUGGACCUGGGGACCUUCUAUCGUGAAUUUCAGAACCCCCCUCAGCGGAGCAGCCUCUCCAUAGAUAUCGGGGCACAGUCCAUGGCUGAGGACUUGGACUCACUACCAGAGAAGCUGGCUGUGCACGAGAAGAACGUCCGAGAAUUUGAUGCCUUUGUAGAAACCCUGCAGUAAAAGUUGGUGUCCUCGAGUACCAGCAGCAUCCCCUUUUUGUGGUCCCAGGAGACAGAGAGCCUCCCACUCGUCAGCUGCUCCCAUCCCUUGUCCCGCUUCAAGCCAGGUGGAGGGGAGGCUGGUUCCCCCAUGGGGACCCAGAAGUCCCUGCUCUUGCACUCCUGGACACUCACAGCAGCAGUGAAGGCCAGUGAUAGCAUUUGAGAGGACUCACCCUCUGACCU